AGUAAUGAAUUUGCUUUGCCUUGCAUUUGUAUGCAUUUUAUGUACGCAUUCAGUGUUCUACGCUACUUUGCUAUUUUUCGCCAUACUGUCUAAAAAACAUAGUUUACCACCCCCUAACAAAGCCCUACCUACUAUUUUAUUACCUACCUGCUUUUUUAGAGGGUGUACAAUUGUUGUAUGACCGUCGCAGCGCGUCGCUUGCAUUCUGCAGCCAUUUCUACAACUUUUCUGUUUACAGUUCACACUAACUAAACAACUAUUGGACUAAAAUUGACUUUCUUUGUUUUGUUUGGUGUGUGAUUGCAUGUUGGUACAUAGUAGUUGAUUGUUAGAAGGCGCUUGACCGAAAUGCAGUUGCAGUUCCGGGCGCAGUUCCAAAAGUACAUCAAUACACAGAGGAGUGGAGAUUUGGUGUGCAACAGGCUGUUGGGUGCAAUGGUGAAGAAGGGCAACGCAAUCGACACGGCGGCGAUGCUGCGCGAGAUGGAGGCGCGCAAAAAGAAGGCCUGCUGCAGCAACAACAAGGAAAACACGCCCGUGGUGCAAUGCAGUGGACAGACUGGGCCGAUGCCAAACAUGGGCAGUGCUAAUAUUGACAAAAUCAUUCAGUUCAUUGAAGGUGGACCACAGGAUGAAGCAGCAUACAAAAAAGCACAGAAGAAAGCCAGACAAAAACAAAAAAAGGAUGAAGAAAGAAAACAACGUGAAGAAGAAGAAGCAGCCUUGCGAAAAGCCGAGGAAGAAAGAAUACGAAGAGAACAACAACUUGCUGAGCAACAACGCGUGAAAGAAGAACUAGCACUGCAGAAACAGUUGAAAAAACUAAACCAGAAGAAGAAACAACAGCAACCAGCACAACCUCCACCUUCAAAUGAUUCCAAGUCGAAGAAAAAGAAAGGAAAACAGCAGCAACAACAACCACAGCCUGCCUAUAGUGAUCCAGAACCUGAUCCUGAACCAGAAUUAUUCGAACAGACUAUUCCUGCGAUGGUUACGAUUAAACGCAUUGUCGAAAACAACAAUUCACCACCAACUGUAACGAUAACUCUUAAAGGAUCUACUCCAGAUCAGGAUAAACUAUUAUACACCUUAGUUAAUGGACAUGACGCACCGAUUAUUACAUCAAGAUGUCCACAGAAUGAAAAUGACAAACAAACACAACCACAACAACAGCAGCAAAAGAAACAAAACAGUAGUGGAAAACAAACAAAUGAUAAACAAAAGAAGAAAAAGGCUACAAAUGUGAACGUAAAUACUAAUAAUUCAAGUAAUCCAGCGAAAAACAAACCGAAUGAAAGUGUGAAACAAGUUCAGACUAGUGAAAUAAAAGUGCAACUUGCCAUAGACAGCAGUUUCCGGAAAGACUUGAAUUCGGCGGCGCAGAAAUCACAAAAACAAAAACAAACUAACAAUAAUAUUAAUAAUAAUAAUACUAAAAGUGUUACUACCACUAAAAAAACCCAAGAGGUGAAAACAGUAACUAAAGAAGUUAAAAAACAACAAAAUACCGUUAAUUCCGGUGCCAGUACAAAUCAACCGGAAAUAAUUGACAUACCAUCUAUAAAACUUCCUCCGGGUAUCACCAUAACCAAAGUUAGUGGCCCACUUACAAACCGGAAGUCAUCCACGUCACAACCGAAUGAAUAUCCAGAUGUUCCCGUGAGUAAAAGCGGCGUUAUUGUUGUGGAUACCGAAAAAUUAAUCCAGCAACAAACUGCUACUGCAACCACGGGUAAAAAGAAGAAAAAGAAGUCGAAGAAAACCGCAAGUGUAACAAUACAAAAUGGCGGCACGACUAAUGAACCACGUGUGUUAAUAAAAUCAUCCGAGAAUGUCGCUAGUGUAGCCAAUGUAAGUGCGCCAUCUUCUUCCGGUAUGGUCACACUGAAAAACCCGAUCUUUCAUCCGUUAACCGGUAUGGGUAUGCAUAAACCGGCUGUGGAUGAACCCACAAUGAUGAAUAUGAAUGAACAAGCUACAAUCUCACAUGGUGAGAAUGGAAUGGUGACGAUUCGAAGACCACGGCCUGUUGGUUUCAUGCCGAGUACGAAUGAGAGUUCCAUUUCUGAUUAUCUAGCACAAAAUGCCAAUGCGGCGACAAAUUCUAACAUGGCGGCUACUAUAGUCACCACAGCGCCAUCUACGCCCGCACCUGCGACUGCUGUGCAUGCGCAGGCUAAAAAUCCACCGAUAUUAACCCCGUGGCAAAUGCCAGACACGUCGUUUUCUGCGCUUUCGGAGGAGAGGAAGAUUAUCCGCCCGCCGAGUCCACGAGGUGUGCAAUGGCCACGCGCGGAUAUGGAAAAUGGCAAGAUUGCUACACCAAGCGUUCUUCAGGGACUGCCCGGUAUUGAAAUUACACGGGUGCGGACUGGUUCGCCGGCGGUUGAAGCGGAAUAUGUGGAACCGCCAGCGAAUGUUUCUAUUAUUCGAACGGGUGGUUACAAUACGGACAACCCGAAGAGUUGGGCGUAUUCGGCGUCGGCGCAACCCUAACCAUACUUUUGAUGAAACAAUUUUACUUUAAUUGAUUCAAUAUGGAAGAAUUAUUUUGUAUUCUCAUAGGUAUAAUUUUAUUUUAAACAAUGAACUUACGAAAUGUAUAAAUAUUUAUAAAAAAAAGUUAUAAAUCUUUCAACUUAC